UUCCUUUGUCUCGGGCUCUAGAGUGAUGUUGCCAAUCAGCUGGGGAUGUCCAGCUAUGUGGAACCUCUGUUCGCAGCUGCCUACUACGUUGCACCCACGUCCGAUGAAAACGUCACUGUGAUGGACACAGAGUUCAGCGACGUUCCCAUCCGUCUGUACCUGCCCAGAAAGGCAUCUGAUGGGCUGCGAAGGGCCGUGGUCUACUUCCACGGUGGAGGAUGGUGCUUAGGAGACGCAGGCAUGAAAACCUAUGAUCAUCUGACCAGGUGGACUGCCAACAUGUUAAAUGCUGUUGUGGUAUCAGUCAACUACAGGUUGGCACCUAAAUACCAUUUUCCCACUCAGUUCGAAGACGCAUACUCGGCCACGAAGUUCUUCCUCCAGAGCAGUGUCCUCUCCCAGUACGGGGUGGACCCGGAUCGGGUCUGUGUCGCGGGAGACAGCGCAGGUGGCAACUUGGCUGCGGCCGUGGCACAACAGCUGUUGGAGGACCCAGAAGUCAAAACUAAACUCAAAGCCCAAGCUUUGCUCUACCCUGCUCUUCAAACCCUUGACCUGAACUUGCCAUCUUACCGAGAAAACGAAAACAAGUUCCUCUUACCCAAGUGGGUUAUGGUCAAGCUCUGGAGUCAAUAUUUCACUUCUGAUUCGUCUCUCAGGGAAGCGAUGGCCUCCAACAGCCACGUCCCAGCUGAAUCGAGCCACUUACUUCAGUUUGUAAACUGGAGCAACCUGCUGCCUGAAGAGAUGAAGAAAGGUCACGUUUACACCAGUUUCACCCAUGGAAGCUCUGAGCUUGCGCAGAAGUACCCAGGGUUUCUGGACCCGAGGGCGGCCCCGCUGCUGGCGAGCGAUGCCCAGCUACGCGGGCUGCCCCUCACCUACGUCCUCACCUGCGAGUACGACGUCCUACGGGACGACGGAGUCAUGUACGUGCGGCGCCUCGAGGCGCUGGGCGUUCCCGUCACCCACGAUCACGCCAAGGACACCUUUCACGGGGCGAUGGCGUUUAUCUCGGGUCCCUACGCGUUGGCUGUAGGGCAGCGGCUGAUGGACAGAUAUAUCGAGUGGUUAAACGAGAAUCUAUGA